AUGGGACGAAGACCAGGAAGUACAACAAAAUCUGGCAGGUUUAUGAACCCUGCUGAUCAGGAGCGCAAAAGUAUGAGGCAAAGGGAAUUGAAAAGGAAUAAAAAGCAGAGAAAUAUGGUGCGUCAGGCUAUAUUAAAGAGCAAGGAUGUGGAUGAAAUACUUGAAAAUCUUUCACGCUUAGACGAUCAAGAAUUCGAUAUACAUACGGAACAUCACAGUAAAUAUGUGUUUAAUGAGAAAAGAGCUAAGUUUAAGCAGACAUAUAAAGAAGUUAUAAAUAUGUAUAAACAAGAGAAGAGGGAGGAUAAGGUUAAGGAGUUGGAGCAGAAAAUGAAGAACUAUGAGUCGGAAAGAGCCAGGAAAAUUCAACAAUACAAUGCUUUACGGUUUUCGUUGGAAGCUAAUCCAGUCGAGAUUCCACUGCCGGACGGAGCAUCACAACCAAAUGCUGCGAUGACUCCCGCACCUUCAAUCCCUUCUCAGUUUUUAAUGCCGCAAGCUCGAUCUGGAAUUUUGAAACAUCCGAGGCCUCGUGAUGAGGUAGAAAGAGGAGAACCUCCUGGACCACCUUGUGGUUUGGCGCCAUCUUUCGGUUCUGCAGAUAAUGAUGCGGAUUAUGUUGCUCCUCGAAGAAAAGUCCGAUUUGUCGACAGUGAAGAAGAUAAUGCGGAAGCAGCAGCUGUACCUGAUGAUGAAGACCUAGCCCCCGUUGAAAUUCCAAUUGAUGUUGCCCAACAGUCAUCUGCCGCUGACGAGGUACAGCCAGAGGCAGUGGUACCUAUAUUAGCUCCUGCUGUGCCGUCACAAACGUUGCUGCGUGCUCCGCCGAUACCUCCAAAUAUGCUCCCACCUCCUCCUCGAUUGCCUCUCAGAAUGCCUCCACCUCCGCCUCAUUUUCGUAUGUCUCAAUCCAAUUUUUCCCCACCUGGAAUGCCUCCAAUACCGUUCAUGCCACCACCAGUGGGCGACUCGGUUAUAUCUGCUGAACCGAUGGUCCAUCGAACUGUGGAUCGAACGGGAGGCGCGCUUAACAACAAACAAAAAUCUGAUGCUACAAUAUCUGCUGAGCCGAAGUUAAGGGAUUUGGCUAAAGAAGUUACCAAGUUUGUGCCUACAGCCUUGAGAGUUCAUCGAAAUAAACCAGUCAACAAGCGACCUUUGAAUAAGUAUAAUAUGAUGGGAGUUCACGUUGAGUCUGCACAGCGCAAAGAGGCCAAGGAUACCGACGAGGCUUAUGCUGAUUUUAUGAAGGAAAUGUCUUCUUUACUCUAG